AUGUUGCAGUUGAACAUGCGGCGACAGUUUCCUUUUCUAAAACACAAAGGCAGAGAGAGGGAAGCACCAAAUGCUCUCCUGCAGCCCGACAAGGGGAAGGAUAACGAAAGCAUGCAUGUAGACAAGCAGAGUGGCUUUUCUGCUACCGCUCCAUUGAACUCCCAGCCCCUGCUGCUCCUGGGACCUGAGGGGAAUUACAACUAUUAUGUGGAUGAUGAAGACGAGGAAGAGGAAGAGAAAGAACAAGGAAAAUGGCCAAGCGGAGACACAUUCGGGGGAGAAAACAAGCCCUCGUCAUCCAUUCCUUGCUCCCCUGCUCUUUCCUCUGGAGCCCCGGCGAAGGCUUCCACUUCAUCUGUGCUGAACAUCAACGUUGGCGGCCAAAGCUAUCGCCUCACCUACCAGGCGGUGGCCAUCUAUACCCAGACCCGCCUGGGCCGCCUGGAUGACUACGCUGCCCAGGUAGAUGAGUAUUUCUUUGACCGGGACCCGGCAGUCUUCCAGUUGGUCUACAACUUCUAUGCCUCAGGGGUGCUGCGCGUGCGGGACGAGCUGUGUCCCCGCAGCUUCCUGGAGGAGCUCAGCUACUGGGGUGUGCGGCUGAAAUACACACCUCGCUGUUGCCGCAUCUGCUUCGAGGAGCGCCGUGAUGAGCUGAGUGAGCAGCUGAAGGUCCAGCGCGAGCUGCGCUCCCAGGCAGAGGCUCAGGAGAAUGAGCAGCUCUUCCACCACAUGCGCUAUUAUGGUCCCCAGCGCUGGCGUCUCUGGAACCUCAUGGAGAAGCCCUUCUCCUCUGUUACUGCCAAGGUGAUGGCAGUGGCCUCCAGCUUCUUUGUGCUUAUCUCCGUGGUGGCCCUGGCACUCAACACAGUGGAGGAGAUGCAGCAGGUAGACCGGAAAGCACUGGAGUACCUGCUGCGAUUGGUCUCUACCCCUGACCUGCGCCGCUUUGCCAGCAGCGCCCUCAAUGCAGUAGACCUCAUUGCCAUCCUGCCCCUCUACCUGCAGCUGCUGCUUGAAUGCUUUGCUGAUGACGACCAGCCCCGAGGUCGGGGGUCUCAGCACGAGCACGAUAUUGAGAAGGUGGGACGGGUGGGCAAGGUGGGACAAGUGCUUCGCAUCAUGCGCCUCAUGCGCAUCUUCCGCAUUCUCAAACUGGCCCGUCACUCCACAGGGCUGCGUGCCUUCGGCUUUACCUUGCGCCAGUGCUACCAGCAGGUGGGCUGCCUUUUGCUCUUCAUUGCCAUGGGCAUCUUCGCCUUCUCUGCCAUGGUCUACACAGUGGAGCAUGAUGUCUCCAGUACCAACUUCACCAGCAUCCCCCAUGCUUGGUGGUGGGCUGCCGUCAGCAUCUCUACAGUGGGAUACGGAGACAUGUGUCCAGAAACUCACCUUGGCCGCCUGUUUGCUUUCCUCUGCAUUGCGUUUGGAAUAAUCCUGAAUGGCAUGCCCAUCUCCAUUCUCUACAACAAAUUUUCAGACUAUUACAGCAAGCUAAAGGCCUACGAGUACACGGCUCUCAAGAAAGAAAGAGGGAAGGUGGAUUUCACACGCAGAGCCAUGAAGAAAAUAUCUGAAUGCUGUGGAGAAGGUGCAACCCACCCUUUGUCACAGCACUGA